UGCAGCGUGUGGUUCGUUCAGUGAGUUAGGAAAAAACUGUUUGCAUUCCAAUCUCUCUCUCGUCUGGAAGACAGCAUGACCAAAUUGGGGCUAUAGUUAUCUUCGGCUCUGGAAUUUAUUUGUUGAAGACUGACGUCUAAGGCUUGUUGUUAUUUUCUUGGACACAUCUCCUACUUGGCUAUUUUCUUCGAAUAUUUAUUUCGUUUUUUUCUGCUCUGAUUUUAGUGCAUAAUUCUAUUAUCUGACAUAUUUUGUGGAGAGAGCACCAGAAAGCUCGCGCAGAGGUGUUGGACUAAACUGCAGUUUUGAGCUAAAUGAAAACAGGAGAGGAGGGGAAACAGAGAAGUCAUCUGCUUCAUCUGAACAAAGACGCUGAAACAGAAACUCAUGGGGCUGGGAGAGGCUUCAGCGAGAGGGACAGCCAUGGACAGAGACUGUCUCAGCUGCAUCAAAUACCUCAUGUUUGUCUUCAACUUUCUCAUCUUCCUGGGAGGCUCCUUCCUCCUGGGUGUGGGUGUGUGGGUGCUGGUGGACCCUACAGGCUUCAAGGAGAUCGUAGCAGCCAACCCUCUGCUCUUCACAGGAGUCUACAUCAUCCUGGCCAUGGGGGGAAUGCUUUUCCUAUUGGGCUUCCUGGGCUGCUGUGGAGCCAUCCGGGAGAACAAGUGUCUGCUGAUGUUUUUCUUCAUGCUCAUCCUGGUCAUCUUCCUGGCGGAACUAGCUGCAGCCAUCCUGGCCUUCAUAUUCCGGGAGCAUCUGACAAGAGAGUACUUCACGAAGGAGCUGAAGAGGCACUACCAGGGCUACAAUAACACUGAUGUCUUCACUGGAACGUGGAACGCUAUCAUGAACACUUUUGACUGCUGUGGCGUGAACAGCCCGGUGGACUUUGAGGAGAGCCUGUUCAGACUGAUCAACCCUAAUGAGAUGGUCCCUGCAGCCUGCUGCAGGAGGGGUAGUCACCCCGGAGACUCAGCCUACAUCCCCCAGGAGGAGUGUCUGAUGGGGAACAUGCUGUUCAGAAACAACAAGGUGCUGGGCUGCUACUCAGCGGUGGUGGACUACUUUGAGCUGUACAUCUAUGUGGCUGGAGCGCUGGCCAUCGUGGUACUCACCAUUGAGCUGUUUGCCAUGGUCUUUGCCAUGUGUCUCUUCAGAGGUAUCCAGUAGGAUUAUCGCACCGUACACCGGACAGGAGGACUUUUUGGAGCUACAAAAGGGAAAUCAGGAGAAGGGAAAGAAAACAUGUACACUUGUAAAUGUAUUGUCCUCUUUUAUAUCUGCAAAAUGUAUUGAUUGGUUGGAAAACAAAACAAAACAACUCAGAAAACAAAAAACUUGUACUUCUCAGCUGGACCUUUGAGGUAUUUGGUGGCAAAAAAAAGAAAUGAUAGAAAGAGAAACAGACAAGAACGACAGGAAAACGUAUGUAAAGUGAAACAGAUGUUUCAUGGACCAGGUCUAACACGGACCGGGUGUAUAGUAGUGGAACGCGAAGAGGACCUGGGUGAAACCAGGCGUGGUGAAUAAGAGGACCCGGUUGAAGCCUGCCCUGCAGCAGAAGUAGCUUGAGACCCAGAUCUGUUUGUGCUGUCUUGCUAGCUAACUGGGACUCAGGCUAGAGCAGAAGACACUGCACUGACUUUUGGAUGAAGAAUAUUUAUAUUUACUGAGUAAAAAGUUGGCUUGACAAAAUAUAGAAAUAUGUGUUUUAUGUACACUUUAGCUGUUCCUUCCUAUUACCACUUCUCCCUCCCCCGAUCCCCCGCCCUUCAAUCUACUGAUACCACAAUUCCUCCAUCUUUCCCACUCCCUCCCUCCACAUACUAUUGUUAGAGCCUUACUUCUUGCUGUUAAAAGUCCCAUCUAUAGUGUGUGUGUGUGUGUGUGUGUGUGUGUGUGUGUGUGUGUGUGUGUGUGUGUCCUUGUAUGACCUUGCAUGUGUGCAUGUUGCCCCUUUUGACCAUUCGAGCUUGAAAGCCAACUUCUGAUAAAAUAUUGUAUUUGUAUUGUGAUGUUCAUUGCAAUUGUGGUUACAUGUGGCUUAGGUGAAAAUAAAUGUAUUUGUAUGCAUUUGUAUUAGAUUCUUGAAAAGACAAUGACAUUAAAAUGUUCUAAAUGUUG